AUGAUCCAAUCUGGCCACCACGACAUCCCGUCCGAGCCUGACACACCUUCUGAGCCAUCCGAGGAGGAGGCGGAUGAUCAUGAAGAGGAGGCACUGGCAGAGGCUGAGCAGGCAAGAGUUGAGCAGGCUGCACCACAACAUGAGGAGCCCCAUCAGAUACAGCCGGCUGAUCCCGAGAUUCCUCUUCAGGCAGAGCCCCCACUGCAGCAGAUAGACCCUCCGACAUUGAUCCAGACUGUGGAGCCUCAGCCUACCACCGAGACACCUACUGCCCAUCCUUCCGGAGAUGACACUUCUCACACCCAGCCUAAGUGA